UUUCGACUCAAAUGCUUGUCAUUUUUAUGAAUUUAUUUAAUGAAUAACAAUAUUCAUAUAUUAUUUUUUUCGUGAAACAGUUCGUACCUAGGCUUGUGAUUCUUUUCUGGACAGUUGGUGACUCUCAGUUACAUCUUUGCAGUAAUGGUCGGUCCCGGCUCUCCAAUUUUGACUGGAACUUUUCACUGAUUGGAUAAGAGCCAUGAUGCGCGUUAAAGAGCAGAGAUAAAACAACGCUCACACCAAUUUACUGGGCGUGCCUCGUGAUAGCUGCAAAACAACAAUAACAACAACCAAGCUUCCGGUUUCUCGUUCUUACUGAAGAGAUCACCAGCAUCUUCUUGGGAGCGCAAAAUCACACAAUCAGCAAGUUUAUGUGUAAUAUAUUUAGGCGUAUUAUAGGUUCGUUUUAUUAUUUUGUUCAUCGCGGAGCAACAGCAUUGAAACAUUCCUUACGGACGUUGAUAUACCUCUUUAUUUGGCCACUACACUGCGGACAACUUCCAAUAGGGUUUAUUAUGAGUGAAGGAGACGUGUUCCAUGAGAAGCAACGACUGGAGUUGUGCGCUAUUCAUGCUCUAAACAACGUGCUCCAGGAGCGGGUGUUCACUAAGGAGACGGCAGAUGACAUCUGCAAGCGGCUAGCUCCACAAUGUGUGGUAAACCCUCAUCGCUCAAUGCUGGGCACAGGCAACUAUGAUGUCAACGUCAUCAUGGCUGCCCUACAAUGCAGAGAUUUGGCUGCAGUAUGGUGGGACAAACGCAGGACAGUGCAGAGUCUCUGUGUUGACAAGGUCCAGGGGUUCAUCCUGAACGUUCCGUCACGUGUGUCUCUUGGCAUUGUAUCUCUGCCCCUCCGGAGACGGCACUGGCUUGCAGUACGCCAGGUCAAUGGACAGUACUACAACCUCGACUCCAAACUAAAGAGUCCAGUCUGCAUCGGGAACCAAGCAGAACUCCGUACAUUUCUCAGUGAACAGCUGUCUCAGGACGUAACAGAGAUGCUCCUGGUUGUGAGGAAGGAUGUGGAAGAAUAUGGGACCUGGCUAAAUGCUGAAGAAGUCAGGAAAUGAUUCUUCUGGCCUGGACAUUUCUUAAUUAAUUCAGCAUGGAACUCAAACUCCUGCUGAACUCU